CACGGCCCCGGAGGAGGAGGAAGAGGAGGACCCGGCGACCUCAGCCUCCGCUCCGCCCCGCCCCGUCCCAGGCACCGCCCAGAGAGGCCCGGGCCAGAUCCCGAUCCCGGCGGCGAUCCGGAGGAGGAGGGGAAGCGGGGCUCGGCGCCGCCAUGGCCACGGCCACGAAGGCUCGGGUUAUGUAUGAUUUUGCCGCAGAGCCUGGGAACAAUGAACUGACGGUUGCUGAAGGGGAGAUCAUCACAAUUACCAAUCCGGAUGUAGGUGGAGGAUGGUUGGAAGGAAAAAACAGCAAAGGAGAGAGAGGACUUGUACCAACAGAUUAUGUUGAAAUUUUGUCCAGUGAUGGAAAAGAUGCAUUUUUUUGUGGCAAUUCCGUUGCUGACCAAGCCUUCCUCGAUUCCCUCUCAGCAACUACAGCUCAAGCCAAUUCAGCUGCCAACAGCAACAACCAGGUCAGCGGUACUAAUGACCCCUGGUCCAACUGGAAUGCUGGCCAAUCUGGAAACUGGGACAACUCGACCACUGAUGGCUGGGGAGCCAAGUCAGAAGGGGCCGCCACCGCCCAGAAAAACAGUGCCUCCAACAACUGGGAUGCAGCAUUUGGUCACCCACAGGCCUAUCAAGGCCCAGCUGCUGCUGAAGACGAUGAUUGGGAUGAAGAUUGGGAUGACCCCAAAUCCACUUCUCCUUCUUACUUUAAGGAGACAGAAUCUUCUGAAGCAGGAGGUGGUCCGCGGGGCAACUCUCGUGCUGCUGGUUCUAUGAAGCUCCCACUGAACAAAUUUCCUGGAUUCACAAAACCUGGAAUGGAACAGUACUUAUUGACAAAGCAGCUAGUGAAACCCAAAGAGAAAAUUUCUAUCAUUGUUGGAGAUUAUGGCCCAAUGUGGGUUUAUCCUACCUCUACAUUUGACUGUGUGGUAGCUGAUCCCAGGAAAGGCUCCAAAAUGUACGGCUUGAAGAGCUACAUUGAAUAUCAGUUGACAGCCACUAACACUAAUCGAUCUGUGAACCACAGGUAUAAGCACUUUGAUUGGUUAUAUGAACGCCUCCUGGUUAAGUUUGGAUCAGCCAUUCCAAUUCCUUCCCUUCCCGAUAAACAAGUUACAGGGCGCUUUGAGGAAGAAUUCAUCAAAAUGCGCAUGGAGCGGCUUCAGGGAUGGAUGACAAGGAUGUGUCGCCAUCCUGUCAUUUCAGAAAGUGAAGUUUUUCAGCAGUUCCUUAAUUUCCGGGAUGAAAAGGAAUGGAAAACAGGGAAAAGGAAGGCGGAAAAAGAUGAGCUGGUGGGAAUUAUGAUAUUUUCAACUAUGGAGCCAGAAGCCCCUGAUCUGGACUUGAUAGAAAUAGAACAGAAAUGUGAAGCUGUUAGUAAAUUCACCAAGGCCAUGGAUGAUGGAGUGAAGGAGCUGCUGACAGUGGGUCAAGAACAUUGGAAGCGAUGUACAGGACCAUUACCGAAGGAAUAUCAGAAAAUAGGAAAAGCCUUGCAGUGUUUAGCGACUGUGUUCGGUUCUAGUGGAUAUCAAGGUGAAACAGAUCUCAAUGAAGCCAUAACAGAAGCAGGAAAGACAUAUGAAGAAAUUGCCAAUCUUGUGGCAGAACAGCCAAAGAAAGACCUCCAUUUUUUGAUGGAAUGUAAUCAUGAAUACAAAGGAUUCCUGGGCUGCUUUCCUGACAUCAUUGGUGCUCACAAGGGAGCAAUAGAAAAAGUGAAAGAAAGUGAUAAAUUGGUUGCCACCAGUAAAAUCACACCACAGGACAAGCAGAACAUGGUGAAACGAAUAGGAACUAUGUCUUACGCUCUACAAGCGGAGAUGAAUCACUUUCACAGUAACCGAAUCUACGAUUACAACAGUGUGAUUCGCCUCUACCUUGAACAGCAGGUUCAGUUUUAUGAAAUGAUUGCAGAAAAGCUGAGACAGGCACUCGGCCGCUUUCCGGUGAUGUAAGACUGGUGAUGUAAGACUGAGCAGAGAAGGGAACAUAAAGAAACUCCGAAGUGCUUCUUCCUGUCCUGGGGCAAUGCAAUUUCAAGUUCUUCCUUCUCUCCCUCCUCCCCACCCUCUCAUCACAUCCCCCCUCAAAAAGAACGCAAAAAUCUCGGGUUGUGAAAAAAAAUAUUUAAGAUAUAUUCUUUACUAACACCUAUAUGCAUCCGUUAUUUACGAUGGGGAUCUUUGAAGUUCCUUUUUUCCCUAAGACAUUAUUUAAAGCAAAUGGAAAUUGUCUCCACCAUUAGAAGGCGUUUAAGAUUGUCAAAAACUGGAGAUUUUUUUCAUACAGACUCCUUAUUGACAAGUCACAUAAAGAGUAAUUUCUUUCUCUAAAAAAUUUAAAAUAUUCCAGAAUAAAGAAAUAUAUGUUUGUUAUAUUUUUAUAGCUCCACAGUUUUUGGAAUUCCUAUCUGCCAUUAAGUAAAAUUCCCUCACAUUUCCUUUGUUUAUAAGAUCCAUAUCUUGCAUCUUGGGGUUCUUGUUAGGGCCCCUCUCUCUCUAAGCAUGGGCCACCCCUUAUUUCUGAAAGAGAAUCCAGUAAAACCGAUUGAAGAAAACGAACUUUACAUCUCCUUCCUCAUCCAUCUCCCUACUCCCCCUCGCACAUUUUUGAAGAGUGUUCAGUAUUCCAGUUAACUUUUAAUACAAGGACUAAAGCUUCUGUUUUCACUUACUCAUUUUUCCUUGGGGUUCUGGAAUAGGGAAUGCACACUGUGAGGAAUAGCAAGACAAGGAAGUCUGGUAAUGCUCUCACUUCAGCCCUUUCAAAUGACUAAGAGGCUUUAUUUGCGCACACUCCUCUGCAGCAGGCUAUAAAUAAUCCAUGCACUCAACCUUCUUUGUCCCUCAUUCCCCCACCUUCCUUUCAUUUGUUAUCCUGCUUCAUGAGGUGGAGGUGUUUCCCUUUCGCGAGAUCUGAGAAGCACUGGUGAUGGCGAGGCCCACUAGUUAUGGCCUUAGGAUCAGAAUCAGGAGUUUGCUUUUCAGCUCUGAUCUUCGCAUUCUGCAGGAGCCUUUGGCUGUUAUUCUCUUUCCACCAAGAUCAGAGGCCAUUCAGCCUGUGGUGAUCAGCAGAGCAAAAUGACCUUCCCCCGCACCCUGACCAAUGGAAAAUGCCUGUAGAGGUCUGCCUGGGUGGCAAUAUACUGGUUAUCAGUAAUCUUUGGGGCAAAUGCUUUUUUCAUUGGCUGAAUCCUACAAAUAGCCUUAAUUUCUACCUACACUGUUGUAUUAUUAUGCUGAACUUCACUUAAUACCAUAAGCAAGCCAGGAAGCUGAACUGCAGCUUUGACAAAUAAUUCCUCCCCUUCCGAUUUAGUAAGAGGCAGCUCCCUCACAGAGGGUGGUUGUGGUGCCUCGUCACUAGUUGCCUUACACACAAUGCUACCAUUUUUCAGACAUGCCCAAGAAAGAGAAAACCAAAAACAAACCAUAAAACGCACAUGAGGUUGGCUGCUCUACAUCCGGGUUUUUGUUUAUGCUUUAUUAAUAAUUCCCCCCUCAAAUUUCCUUUAAUAAAAUUCCAUAGGACAGUGUUUAUGAUACAGCCAUUUAAUAUAUGUACAAAUUGUAAAGAAUGUGUAUAAAUGUUUUACACCAAAUGAAAGAGUAUGUAGAAGCAACUUAUAAAUUGUUACAAACUGUACAGUGAUUCUCAAGGAACCUUUUGAAAUGAACUCUCUUUUAUUUGUAUAUUUUAUUUUGUGAAUUUCUUGAUAAAAAUGCUUUGUAAUAAGGGCUCAGAGGGAAAUUUCUCUCACCAGUCUCUAUGAGGAUCCCAGUGAACACUUAUCUAACUCAUCCAGCCUCUUCGAUAAUCAGAAGGUCCAUUUUUUCCAAAUUUGUGCAUUAACUUGUGUUUUCUAAACUCACAGUUGUCCACCAAGAAGCUAAGGGUUUUAUGAUAAACCUAUCCCGACAUGCGAAACCCAUUUCGACUUGUCAGUUAUCUGUUGGUCUUUAAGCCUCCUGAGCUUCCUGGAUAUUAAAUCUUAAAUGACAAUAAAGAUUGACAUAUACCUA